CGCUAAGGCCUCCAUCCACCUCCACUCGAUUUCUUAGGUAGCCGCUUAAAGGUUGAUUUGGUAGACGACAACCCACGACUCAAAGCACGACAGAUCCAGCCCCCGACGAGAGAAGCGCAGACGACGUCGUCGUCUAUUCUAACCCCAUUGUCGACAAACUUCCGACAAUCGAGCCCCUCCUGGAACGGAUCCUUGGCCAGCCAAAACCCGAGUCUGGUUCGCACUCUUGAACGGGGCACUUUGGAAUCGUCAUCGAAUUGUUUCUGACCCCCCAAGUCCCAAACAACGCUCAUCCAUCCACCAGUAUCAAUGUCUGCCAGCCAAGGAGAUACUUAACCAGCCAGGCCCUCUUUUACUUCUUUAGACCAUGUUUGGAGGGUUGCACUUUGCGGCUGCCGCUCCGCAAAAGCCACCCAAAGAUGUGCCCCCGCCAACCCCGGUCAACCUUCCGAGCUACCUACCGCGCUUUGGCGGUCGCCAAGGUCGAGAUAUAGACCAAUGCGAUGAUAAUGAGGGUCAUAUCGACUCUCUCAAGGUCCCGCUUGUCAAGCUACUACGGACUAUCAUCAGGCCUGCGGAUGUUUCCGAAAAGCAUUUCGAGGCUCUCGGGGUCAACGUGGUGCCCAAUGUUGCAAUUCAAGAGCUGAUCCCGGAUACUUCGGUGCUGCCAGAUUUCACCGACUGGGAAGCCAUGGAUCAUGCUCGGGCCUGUGACAUAAAUCAGUCAACAAGAGUUCGCAUAUGCAACGGCAACAUGUCUCCCGGUGUAGAGAUCUACCAGGACCGCAUGAGGGAGCUCUCAACCCCCAAUGAGGCUGCUUAUCGUUCCGUCCGUCGCAUGAAGCCUAAACCCGGACAGCCCCAGGCCCGAUUGGGCAAUUCGUACGAGUUCUUCCGCAACCUCGAGGUCGUCUCGACCUAUUGGGACGAUACCUCAGCUGUACUCGCCGGAAAGGUGGCGAAUCCAACUGCCACCGCGCCGGCCGAAGGCAGUGGACAAGCAAAGGCUACGGAGGAACUCAUUUUCUUUCGCACCGGUUCAGGAGCUCAGAUGCCUCCAGAGUAUAGAAUUAACGUGACGAAUUCUUUUCUGAAGCUUGUGGCCUAUGACUUUGGAUGCAGCGUCACAGGACCAAGGACCGAACCCAGGCUUUAUCUCAACUCGCCAUCCAUGGUGGCUCCAGUCCCGGACACUACCAGCGACCCAAAGUCAACAAGUAUGCCGGAGGUUGCGACUUUGUCGCAAGCAGUGCCAUUGCCCGGGCCAAGCAGUUACUUCUCUUCGGAUUGCACUUUCAUUUUCCGCACUCCUCGGACCCGAGAGGCGGCCCGUCAAGGGCUCUGCGAGGGUCCGGUAGCGGCCGUCUCGGCUCGCCAUACUACGACAUUCCCCCCUAGUGAUCCGAUUAAUUCGAACCUGUCUCCACACCCAGACUCGGUCGUCGACCUGGCUCGUGAGAUCGUGGCUGCGCUAGUCACGGCACAACAUCGAGCGCGGGAAGGUCGCGUUGAAAGACGCAUUGGUAAGGAUUCUUGGUGGGCAACGAAAAAACGCUGGGGCGGCGGCACAGGUGGUCCCAUCGGACGCGAGGUUGAGCUGAGCUCAGCAACGUCGACUAGUAUAGGAACUGUAGAGGGAGGCGACCGGAGAAGCAGUGGCAGCAGUAAGGAGAGGUCAAGGCUUGCAGCAUCACUAGUUGAGCCAACUAAGCCAACAGUCGCAGGAGAAGAGCCAGCUCGACUUGGCUCUGAUCUCAACAGCGAAACUGGCCCGAACCGCAAGAUUCCCGGGCCGGUUAUUCGUGCCGCGUCUCCAUCAUCUUCGCCCUCACUAUCAGCAAGUGGUCGCAAAAGUAUACACUCCACGCCAUAUCUAACGCCCCGGGUCCGCACAAAGAGCCGUCGGACAACACUGGCUAUCUACGACAGCUACCGCAUGGUACGGCCACCCGCGGCGGCGUGGGAUCCAAAGACUCGGUACAGCCCCAUUGGUCGCAUUCCUGGCGCGGACUUUGACGACAUUUUUGUUGUCAGUGCCCUGUUCCAUCACAUCUCCUUCCUGCGCGUUCGUGUGCCUACGCGGCUGCUCGAGGUGCUUGAUGGGGCACCUGACAAUUUUAUGGACAAGGGCUCUACUGGCGGAGACAAGGCUCACAGUUGGGGCGGGCUUAAUGUCUAUCGCACGCAGUGGUACGACUUGUUUCUCGCCGAUGACCGUGUUGCUGCUAUGAAGGUUGUAUGGUCUAUGAUGGCGUAUCUCAUGCGCGCGACUGAUGGCGGCAGUGGUGACGAUGUCAAGAUGACUGGCACGUAAACGAAUCAAACCCCAUGCUCCUUUUGGCUGGGUUGCCAAGGUCAUGGCCUAGAGAUGAAAAGGGUGCUUAGCUCCCUAGGAUAUUUUAGUUCAUAGUGCUGUCUCGCAUACGUUUGCAGCGGGAUGAAUACAUUUUUGUGAAAGCCCGUA